AUGGCGAUUUCUUGGGACGCCGUCAGAGAAGCUGACCACUUCUUGGUUUCAGUAAUUGCGGACAAUGGAGGAAACGGGGAGUCAUGCAAUACGACAAACACUGAAUGUUCCAUCAGCAACGUGACCUGCGGAAACACAUUCAGGGUUCAAGUCACCUCCGUCAGAGACACCUGCCGCAGCCAGCACAGUCAGACCCACAGCAUCCUGUCAGCUCCCUGCCAGCCCCAGGCAAUCAGAGGCAACCUCGACUGUGUGACCAAUUCUGCCUGGAUUUCAUGGGAUGCUGCUCCAGGGGCCGACAGCUACUCUGUGUCAGCUGUAGGUGGAGAGGACUAUACAGCCAACUGCACCACUUCCUCCAACACUACUUGUGAGGUGGAGGACCUGGCAUGUGGCGUACUUUAUAACUUCAGUGUUAUUGCUAAAAACAGCAAGUGUGAGAGUCCGCCUAGUGCCACCAUCGACUUGCAGACAGCACCCUGCACCCUCGCUGGUAUCACAGCGGUCCCUCAGUGCCACAACUCCUCCAUCCUUGUCACGUGGGAUCUAAUGGAGGGCAGCGAGGGAAACACUGUGUUCACUGCCACAGCAGAAGCCCGGGACCAGACCUUCCUAUCCUGCAACAACACUGGCACUAGCUGCUACCUCCAUGGGGCACGGUGUGACCUCCAUUACACCAUCAUUGUAUCUGCCUCAUCAGACCAGUGCAGCAGUAUGAGAAGUCCGCCAUACAGAAUAAGCAUGGAGCCGUGUCCACCCACGAACGUGGUGGUUAACGCCUCCUGUGAGGGCCGCAGUGCGCUGGUGUCCUGGAGCCCCUCUCCUGUUGCUGAAACCUACCAUGUUGUCGCUACGGGUGUAGACGGACACGUGCAUACAUGCAACACCACCUCCAGUAACUGCAGCGUGCCAGAGCUCCACUGUGACGAGCGGUAUGCAGUCUUUGUGACGGCCAGCCACGAGAACUGCUCCAGCAAGGCCAGUCAAAAUGUCACAUUCAACACAGGUCCCUGCCAGCCUGACGGUCUCUCAGUCACGUACCACUGUCAGAAUCAGUCUGCGCUGCUGUCAUGGACGCCUGGAGAUAACGCUGUAGACUACUACGGCUGUGCCCAAGCUGGAAAUGGAGACAUGCUCUACUGUCACAGCACAAGUCCCACCUGCACUAUCCCGGGUCUUGAUUGUGGAACAACUUACAAUUUCUCAGUCCAGGCCUCAGACGGGACAUGCAACAGCUCCUUCAGUGACCCAGUGCAGAGUGGAGCAGCUCCCUGUCCUCCAGAUGCUGUCGAGGUGCAGCUGCUGCCAAUGCAGAUGGAGGUCCAGGUGAUGGGCUUCAGCUGGGCACAGGUCACCUGUAACAACACAGACUACAUGCUGAAGUUAACCGGAAGUCUGCUGGGAGACAGCCAGGCUCAGUUCGAGCUCUCGUCCUAUUGGACGAGCAAGACAUACUUUGAGAUUCCUCUCCCCUGCGGAUCAGCCUACGUUGCUGCGGUGGAGAGCAGGAACGCUGCUGGUACCAGCAAUCCGUCUGCACCUCUCAGUGGAACUACAGCUCCUUGUCCGCCAUCAGGAGUGGUGUACAGCGGGAACAGCUCCUUUGCCACUGUUUCGUGGAACGCGUCUGUGUUUGCCACCACAUACACGGUGUACGAUGACAGUGUUGCACCAAAAGCCCAGCUGUGCAGCACUGCAGGGCUGUCCUGCUCUCUGUCCAACAUCGCAUCCACUAACCUGGUGAUCACAGCCAGCAAUAUGGCUGGAGAGAGCGAAACAGAAAGUGUCUCAAAUGGUAGGAACUGUGUGUGUGUAUGA